GCCCUGGUCAUUGCACUACUAUCAUACCGAUCCGGGUAUUCGCAAUGCUCAUCUUAAGGAAUAUCUUCGGCGUACCCCACUUCGCCCCGCAGAGGUUAGGAUUAGGCUAGGAUUUCUCCACGCUUGUUUUCGGUUCAGCAUGCAGGUCCAUGAAAAUCAAUCUAUGUUACGCCGAAAUCCAUGAUCGGUACCUUGCCAGCUGUGCAGACUGAGGGGUAAAUGACGUUUGGACAGGCACGAACGGUUGACUAGCAGAGCAAUUGCCCGGACUUCCGACCGCUACAUACCAGACGGGUAUAUAUAUAAAGAGGCUAUGGAGGCGCAAGUACCCGUCAUUUGGAAAACUAUCAUUUUCACGGCUGUCUCGACGAUCAUGUCGAACAUCAUCCCGGUGGACCUCUCGGCUUUCGCGACCAACCCCGCCUAUCUCAGCACUCUGUUUCCCACCAAUGUCACUACUCCGAGCGCCAUCAACCUCCUCGCGUACGAUGAGAGUUUCGCUAGCGUAAUUGGAGAAAAUGCGACUGCGCGCCAGCUCUACAACCUCGAUUGGGAGGCCUUCCACGAAGCCGGCGUCUACAACAAGGACACAAACAAAAUCUACGUGACUUCCAACUGGGCCAAGGACCUCAACAACCCCAUCAAUGUCACCGUCAUUGAUCUCGCAAACAACUACUCCAUCUCCUCAACCCGCUACGCCGGCGUGGCGGAAGCAAAUGGCGCAACAUCCUACUUCCCACCGGGCACGCAAACCAACAGCUCGACCCCACCCCGCGUCCUGUACUGCGACGAGGGCGAUUUCCACAACUACUCAGCCCUCGUCUCAGUUGACCCGGUGACGGGAUCCGCCACGCCCCUCGUAACAAACUACCUGGGGCGAAACUUCAGCUCGAUAAACGACGCGCGCCAACACCCCGUUACAGGAGACAUAUGGUUCACCGACGCCGACUACGGCUACUUCCAGCACUUCCGGCCGACUCCCACGAUCCCCAAACAAGUCUACCGCUUCUCGCCUUCCACGGGCGAAAUCGCCGUCGUAGCAGACUCGUUCAAUCAAUGCAAUGGCCUGGAGUUCAGCCCGGACCUCAAGACCCUCUACGUGUCCGACACGGGCGCUGUCAACUUUGACCGCAAUCUCACGCGCCCGGCGACCAUUUACGCGUUUGAUAUUAGUGCGGAUCAUAAGCGGUUGAGUCGGCGGCGCACGUUUGCGUUUGCGGACAACGGGUUCCCGGAUGGGAUUCAUGCUGAUACUGAGGGGAAUGUGUGGGCGGGGUGUGGGGAUGGUGUGCAUGUUUGGAACCCUGAGGGGACGCUGAUUGGCAAGGUGUGGAUUGGGGUGGAGAGUAAUAAUUUUGCUUUUUUGCCGGGGAAAGUGCUGGUGUUUAGUAAUAGCCAGCUGUGGGUUGUGGAAAAUGUCAAGGCUGUUGGGAGGGAGGUUGGGAAGGACUUUGGGGUUUGAGGAGGAUGAACUCCGCCAGUUCAUAAUAUUCACUCGCAGUGAUUUUGUAGCAUGAGGUGCACUGCUCUUACUUGGUCUGUGGUUAAGUUGUGUUGCUUUUGCACAUGGUACUAGGUUUAUUCCAGGUACUAACGACGAAUAUGUUUAUCGUGGAAGCUGGUGUAACGAACUUUGACGUCUUCUUAAAGACAGCCAACCCGGUUUUUUGCGUACGCA